UUCCGUACGGUUUUUACUGAAUUUUUCUGUGCAAUACCAAAUGAAUUUCUUUUUGUUCAUAAUUGCAUUCCUGGGAUUGGCUGUCGCGAUAGGGGAAGCGUUUUUUCUUUUCAAACUGAAAACGGAGCCAAUAUUUUUCUGCAUAAAAGUGUGUCCGCUGUAUUGUUCCCCACGGCACAAGCGUUAUGUUGAUUACGUAGACUAUGAAGACUCGCCGCCUCCGUGGCAUGACGGUCCCGACGACCUGGACUGGCCAGGCCCAUACUACGGCCGCUACUUCUUCUGCAAACCACAUCGCACCACCACCACCACUACCACCACCACAAUGAAACCAAAAUCCGAUGAGGAAACCACCUACAUCUGCGACCUUUGCAAAGAAAAAUGCAAUUACCCUCGAGGAUGAAUUUGCGAAAUAUGUUUACGGCUAAAACGCAU